AUGCGUGCAUUCUUGAGAGUUGUUGAUGAACGGGUGUGGAUGGCUGUUGAAGAUGGCUGGAAGUGUCCAACCUUUGUUGAAGAUGAGGUUGUUAAGCCUAAACAAAUGAGUCUAUGGACUACACAAGAGAUGGAAAGGGCCAAUUUUAAUUCAAAGGCUAUGCAUGCUCUCUUUAAUGCAGUUUCUACAAAUCAGCUGAAAGUCAUAGCCAACUGUGAAAUUGCCAAAGAAGCUUGGGAGAAACUGAGAAUAAAGAAUGAAGGAACUGAUGCUGUAAAGAAGUCCAGACUGAGGGCUUUGGCAAAAGCAUUUGAAAAUCUGUCUAUGGAGGAGGAAGAAACUGUAAUAGAGUUCCAUGCCAAAUUGUGCGAUAUCUCAAAUGCAUCUUAUGCACUUGGGAAGACUUAUUCAAACGCAAAACUAGUUCGCAAGGUGCUUGGAGUUCUGCCUCGGAAGUUCAUGUCAAAGGUUACCUCUAUAGAAGGAAAUGUCGAGGAACUUGAUCUUGAUGAGUUAAUUAGGUCAUUGCAGAACUAUGAAAUGAGUCUCACCCGGUGGAAGAAAGCUGAGUGUGCCAACACUCUUAAGAAGAAGAAAGCCUUAGCAGCUACAUGGAGUGAUAGUGAUGAAGAAAAGAGCUCCACUUCAAGUCUCACUAGUGCCAAACAACAACUUGAAUCUGAGAAGGAUGGGCUGGAGGACACUGUUAAAAAGCUCACAAAACAGCUUGAUGAGAAGGACAGUGAGAUUUACAAACUGACUGCAGAUUUAAUAAGGGCUAGACAAUCUCUUGAGUUUAUCCCUCCAGGAACUGCUACAAUUAACCACACUUUGCAGUUACAAAAACCAUAUGGAGAUCAAACAUCCAUUGGGUACAAAAUGCUUUACAAGAAAGGGGAGAAUUUAGGAAUUUAUGAUCCCUCUUUGUCCAAGAACAAGGAAGAUAAGACUCGUGAUGACUCAAUGCACAAUACUUUUAGUCCUGGUUUUCCAUAUUCUACUAAACGGAUCAGUGUCUCAUCUGAACCCAUCAAGUUGAAUUUCGAAGGAAGGAAGACUAUCCUGGAUGGUCAGAUUCACAAAGAGAGAUUUGUUCCCAUUUGUCAUUUUUGUAACAAAAGAGGACAUAUUAGACCCAGAUGCUACAAGUGGCAGGUGUAUUUGAAAGCUAUGAUCGAUCGUUUGAAUAGCUUUCAACACUUGAAUCGAUUUACGGGAAAGUUGCCAUCUAGUGAGUGGAAACCAAAAUCUGAUCUUAACAAAAAUGUUGCAUUAGUUGCCCACACCUCUCUUUCAGCUUUUCAAGAAGAGCAAUGGUACGUCGACAGCGGAUGUUCCCGACAUAUGACCGGCAACAGGAAUGUGCUGGUAAACUAUAAAGAAGGAAAUGAGGGAGCUGUGACCUUCGGUGAUGGGAACAAGGGUCAGAUAUUUGGAAAAGGUGAUCUGGUGCUAAAUGGAAUAGCUCCAUUGACUGAGGUGUUGUACGUUAAAGGUCUCAAGGCAAAUCUUAUUAGCAUCAGCCAACUCUGUGACAAUGACUACACUGUAAGUUUCUCUAAAACUCAUUGUCUUGUUGCAACUAGUGGGUGCUCAGUCUUGACAGGUAAUAGAACCAGCGACAACUGCUAUGCACUAAGCAAUCAAGUCUUAUGCAACAGAUCCUUUCUUGAUAAGCCAGACUUGUGGCACUAUAGACUGGGGCACUUGAACUUUAGAGACUUGAAGAGAAUUGUGAAACUACAAGCUGUUCGAGGGAUACCAGAGAUGAAAGUCACUAGAGAUAGGUUGUGUGGGCCUUGCCAACUGAGAAAACAGACAAAAGCAUCACAUCCUCCUGUAAACAUGCUUCUCACCUCCCGUGUGCUGGAGUUGAUUCAUGUGAAUUUAAUGGGACCCAUGCAGAAUGAAAGUCUAAGUGGUAAAUGA